AUGGCAAUCCUACCUGAUAUUCCCGGCCUGAAGGUCGAGGUAAAGGUGAACCGCGAGCCACUCGAGGAGUUUCGCAAUGAGGAUGAACCAGACACUUCAAACACUGUUACACGAUACGUUGAGGCAACUUCAGGCGCUAAUUUCACUGUCCAAAUCACCUACGACGAAGCACUUGAUCCAAAGUACAAGGAUUGGGACAUCUCUUCGGCUCUUUUCCUUGAUGGCCAGCGAGCCGACAAAUGUACUACCCGGAGAGAGAAAUGGAGACACGACGGACAGUCGACGGUCACUUUCACCGGAGUGCGCGGUUUUGAGAAUGGAAAAUAUUGCCUCCGGAAGAUGGCCUUUUCGCAAGUCAACAUCGGUACAUCUGACUGCUUUCUUGUGAAAUUCCGAAUAGAUGACAAUGAUCAGAUCCCGUCUUCAACUGCGCAAGUUGAAGCAUUUCGGUCUCUGGGCGAGAUUGAGGUUACUUUCCGGCGGAGCAAAGUGCUGCCGGAAUCUUACCCCAGCUCAAAGAGAAUGUCGAACUACCAGAACUUCAACAUUAUGGACAGCAUUCCGGAGAAGAAGCUCAAAGGACGGGCAAUCAGCCACCAGGUGGAUCUUGGUGAGGCGCAACCGCUCGAGUACCACGGCACCAGCUGGUCCACCUCUACGAAGAUUGACGAUAAGCCUUUCGCUACAUUCGUAUUCCGCUACCGCUCCAGGAAUGCACUGAAGGCAGAGUGCAUCAUCUCGAGGACCGUUUCGCCCGAGCCGCUUGAGGAUCGUCCAGUCGAGGCUUUGACAGCGGAUGAAGCCCGCGAGCUCGUUCGACGCCUCAGAGACCGGAGAAGAUCAAGCCAGACUCUGCAGCCGGAAGUCAAGCAGGAAGUCAAACAGGAGUCUGAUCAGAACAAGCGUCUUAGUGACGUCAAUAUCAUCGAUCUGGGAAGCGAUGACUCUGAAAUCGAGAUCACCGAUGUGCGUCCGAAAAAGCGUCAGCGCACAUCCGGACCCCCGGAAGUCAUCGACUUGAGCAGCGAUUGA